GUUAAUUUAAUUAAUUUAAAACAAGAUGAGUGUAGCAAGAGAGCAUACCAAUCCGAUGAACGCGAAUAUGACUCCAAAGAAAGAGGAGAAGGAAGAGAAAAGCAGCACCACAGACAAUAAUGAAAGUGAGCAUGCCCAGAACCUUGAGUCUCUUAACGAAGUUAUCAGGAAGUGGGAACAAGCCAAUGUUGGAAACCCUAAGGAAGGCCUCCAAGGACUCUUAGAUAAGGUCGAAAACCACCUUCUCAGUGCAAAGAAGAGCUCUCAGAGAGGAAGUAGCCAAAAGAAGCAGAAGCCUGUUGACCUCUAUCAGACCAUUUUGGGCAAUAUUGAUAAGUAUUCGUACUUGUGAGACAACCAAUUUGCUGGCCCGAUUACUAAGCAUAAGAUCUUAGACCCUCUGUAUGAGAAAAAGGAGGAUAACUGAAAUGUAACAGAAAAAUUAUCCCAGAGUUCUGCCAAGGAAGCUCUCAAACUGGCUGUGACUGUCCCAAAGGGCCCUAGUUUCAAGACUGACCUCCGUUUGAAGCUCAGAGAAGACUCUAAUGUAAGAAGUAGUGAAGAGCUUGAGUUGGAAAGAAUCCAGGAGUUAAAAUCUUUACUCCAGAAGCAGAAGAAGUCUAAUAAAAACACUAUAAAAGCUCUGCAAGAAUACCAAAAGCCAGUGAUGAAGAAGAAGCAGAAUACAACGGUCAAGGAAUUCAAGCUCAGCACUGACCAGAGGAGUAGCAAGCAUUCUGAGUUCCGUAAGCAAAAUAUGGAGAAGAUUGCUCAGAAUGAGGCUGCUAGGAAACUCAAUGAGAAGAAUGAACAGAAAGAGCAAGAGGAAAAGGCUAAGAAGCUUCUGUCGUACUACAACAAGUCCUCAGCCUUGAAGCCCCAAGAGAAGGAGCAAAGUGAGAAGUUCGUCUCGCUCCAGAACCAGAUAAGCAACGCCUUGUUUAGAACUGAUAGUGAAGAGCUGCCUAAUUUUGAAAGUCCAACCAAGAAAAAGAUUGUCAGACACUUGACGACACCCAAAAGCCCACCUCUCUCAGUCAAGAAGAGAGGAGAAUUCACUGAAAAGGCAAAGAACUUGAAAUCAACAGAAGAGAUCCAGCUUGAGGAUAUUGAAAAGAACAAAUUCCAGGCACUUCCAAUGCCUACUAAAAUUUUUGACGAAUACAAGCCAGUUACUGGAAACACUCCUAGUGGCAAAAAGACGACGUUCAAGGAGUUUAACCUCAGUCAGAUCAAGAAGAAACAACUUUUGACCACAGAUGAGCUUGAGCUGCUUAAUAACCCAAAAGAGUUCCGAGCCUUAGAGUUUAACCCGAAAAUGUUCGAAAAGAAAGUUUGUGAAAUUUUGUCUGAAAAGCCAGUUGUCCAGAAGACAGUACCGCAAGAGUUCAAUCUAAAGACCACUGCAAGGAAGAGAGACAAGAAGGCAAUGGAGAAGGAAAUGGAAAUGUCUCAAACUUCUAGUAAGAAGAGGCGGUAUGCUAAGCCAAAUGCCCCUCCUUGCUUGUCUACUUCAAGGAGAUCAAGGCCAGUCAGGGUUGAGAAGAUCAAUAAUAACUUCAAAGCUCAACCAAUUCCUGAUUACAGCAAACUCGCUGCUGAGUAUGAAUGCAAGAGGAAAAUCUCCAAGCCAGCUCUGACAAGACCUAAAGGGUUCAGACUAUCUACAGAUAGCAGGAUGAGGAAGAGCAAGAUCGUUACUGAACUACUGGAAGAGGAAAACAAGAGGAACAAGAAGGAAUUCAAAGCCACUAAAGCUCCUAAAUUUGAUAAGGUUUCUAAAAUAAAACCAUCAGUGAAAGCCCCUACAAAGGGAAAAGCUCCUGUCUUUGCAAGUGAAAGCAGGGUUCAGCUCAGAAAGGAGAGAGAACUAAAGAGAAAAAUGGAGGAAGAGAUCAAAGAGGUCUCUAUCCAAGACCCUACUGAAUUUGAAGUCACUAUCAAGUCUUCUCCAGAGGUCAGACUGAAGAAGGAAGAGGAAUUUGAAGACAAUGACAAUGAAAGCGUUGUCUAUAUGGGGUCUAACCCUCCUUAA